AUCACCAUUUACCCCAUACUUUCUUCCCUUUUGCAUCUCACCACCUCAACAUUCUUCAACAUCACUCUCUCACCUCCAAAAAUCAAGAAAAAUUUUUGAAGUGACAAACACCCCUCCCAUCAUCACUUCUUCCUCCUCAAAUUUCAGCCUGAAAAUGGCAGCCACUGCUGCUGUACCCUCUUCCUUCUCCACAUCCAUCAAGAGCUUCAAAUGCGUAAGCUCCAAGAAUUGGCCCUCCGAUCAUCUGCUCAAGAUUUCAUGCCCAAGAACUUUGCAAUCUGCACCUGUUUCCCACUCUCUUGUCUUCGAGUUUAACCCCAUUACUAGUAGUGCGUGUAAAAGCUGGAGGCUUUCGCGUGUCUCCGCUGCCGUGGCGCAGGAAGAGGCGGCGGCUUUGACUGCACCGGUGGAGGAGCCGCCAGAGGCGGAGGAAGAGGUGACAAGUGGUGUUGGAGGUGCUGCCACGGAGAGUGGUGAGGUGAACACUAAGCUUUACUUCGGGAAUUUGCCUUAUCUUUGUGAUAGUGCGCAGCUUGCUGGUAUUAUUCAAGAAUAUGCUAGUCCGGAGCUGGUUGAGGUUCUGUACGAUAGGAACACGGGCAAAAGCAGAGGAUUCGCAUUCGUGACAAUGAGUAGCAUCGAAGAAUGCAAGACAGUCAUCCAGAACCUUGACGGGAGCGAAUACGGUGGUCGAACGUUGAGAGUUAAUUUCUCAGACAAGCCUAAGCCGAAGGAGCCCCUAUAUCCAGAAACCGAACACAAGCUGUUUGUGGGAAAUCUGUCCUGGUCUGUUACGUCUGAAAAUUUAACAGAAGCAUUUCAAGAAUACGGAAACGUGGUAGGAGCAAGAGUUUUGUAUGAUGGUGAGACGGGACGUUCCCGUGGCUAUGGUUUUGUGUGCUAUGAGACAAAAGCCGAAAUGGAAACUGCACUUGAAGCUCUCAAUGGAGUGGAAUUAGGAGGACGGGCGAUGCGUGUUAGCCUAGCACAAGGGAAGAAACAGUAAAAAGAAGGGAGAAACUUGUACAUUUGAUUAAGGCUCACAAAUUGAUUUCACUCAAGAAAUGGAAGGGAUUUUCCUCUCUUGCAAUUGCAACUAGCUAUGAUAGGAACACCAUUCAAUUUUUACUUUGUUUACAUCCCAUUUCUGCAUUAUAUGCAGAUUCAACUCUUACUGGAAAUUGCAGGUACAGAUGUUACUUCUGUUAGGAGUAAAAUAUAUGCAUAAUGUUUGGUUUUGUUUUUAA